CCUCCAGGAAAUGUGACCUGUCAGCUCUUCUUCUUCAGGACUGGACCCUGGCAGCAGAGCAGGAUCUGUAAGACCCCAGAGGAAGCCGCUCACCUCCGGCUUAUAUUCACUCGUUGCUGUAAAAGUCUCCGGCUCGCAGCCCUGGUGAAUGAGCUUGGUGUCCUCCUAUCAAAGUGACCUGAAACCGACCAUCACAAGAAGACGUCCUGAUUACAUGCUGGAUCCAAGGGACCAUGGCCUCCAGGACGGGCCGGGCUCUGUGUGCGAUGCUCACUCUGCUACUGAUAUCUGUUGAAGGUCAGAGAAUCACCAGUACAAAUAUAUAUCCAGCUCCAUCAACUUCAGGAGCAGAAGAACGUUCCAUGACACCAUCUGAGUCUGGCACCACAGCUUCCAUAAGAGAAGAUGGAGGCAAUGUAUCAUCAGCCACUUCACAGGACAUCAGCAUCCCCACCACAGUGGACCCUAAUGGAAGUCAGGCUGCAACUAUGAUCGGGACAUCAGAGACCAUCAUCACUAUUAUUGAUCCAGAUACAACACCAGACAUCAGCCAUACUAUUGUGGCAAAAAGUAUGGACCCCGGCACCACAAAAAUGAAUGAACCAACACCAAUCAUCAGCCAGACAAGUGUGACAAAUGGAACUGGUGCCAGCACCAAAAAUGUGGUUGGACCAGCAGCUGGUAGCAAUACAACCAACAUUAUCUAUACAACCUCUGAAAUCAAGAAUAUCAGCCUGACAGAUCGAGCAGGUGACAGCAGUUCUACCAGUCCUGCCCUUAUAACUGGUGCCGGUCCUACAUAUGGCAUCAGUCCAACCACUGAUAGACUUACCAGGACUGAUACAGACAUCAACACUACAAUCAAUCCCACAACUGAAAGCAGCCCUGUAACCCUGAGAGAUCCAGCAACUUACAACCAUGCAACCAGUGGGACAGACACAACUGGUACCAGUUCUACCCAUACAACCAGUGGGACAGACACAACUGGUACCAGUUCUACCCAUACAACCAGUGGGGCAGACACAACUGGUACCAGUUCUACCCAUAUAACCAGUGGGACAGACACAACUGGUACCAGUUCUACCCAUAUAACCAGUGGGACAGACACAACUGGUACCAGUUCUACCCAUACAACCAGUGGGACAGAUACUACUACUCCCAUCAGUCCUAACAUAAGUACAACUGAUGUAAUAGGUACUACUACUCCCAUCAGCCCUGACAUAAGUAGUACUGAGGUAUUAGAUACUACUACUCCCAUUAACCCUACCAUACCUACAACUCAGGGAAUAGAUACUACUACUCCCAUCAACCCUAACAUAAUGACAAGUGAGGAAAUAGAUACUACUAUUCCCAUCAGCCCUACCAUAAAGACAACUGAGGAAAUAGAUACUACUAUUCCCAUCAGCCCUGACAUAAAUACAACUGAUGUAAUAGAUACUACUACUCCCAUCAGCCCUGACAUAAAUACAGCUGAGGUAAUAGAUACUGCUACUCCCAUCAGUCUUACCAUAAAGACAAUUGAGGAAAUAGAUAGUACUAUUCCCAUCAGCCCUGACAUAAAUACAACUGAUGUAAUAGAAACUACUACUCCCAUCAGCCCUGACAUAAAUACAGCUGAUGUAAUAGAUACUACUACUCCCAUCAGCCCUGACAUAAGUAGUACUGAGGUAUUAGAUACUACUACUCCCAUUAGCCCUACCAUACCUACAACUCAGGGAAUAGAUACUACUACUCUCAUCAACCCUAACAUAAUGACAAGUGAGGAAAUAGAUACUACUAUUCCCAUCAGCCCUGACAUAAAUACAACUGAAGUAAUAGAUACUGCUACUCCCAUCAGCCUUACCAUAAAGACAAGUGAGGAAAUAGAUACUACUAUUCCCAUCAGCCCUGACAUAAAUACAACUGAUGUAAUAGAUACUACUACUCCCAUCAGCCCUGACAUAAAUACAGCUGAGGUAAUAGAUACUACUACUCCCAUCAGCCCUGACAUAAGUAGUACUGAGGUAUUAGAUACUACUCCCAUUAGCCCUACCAUACCUACAACUCAGGGAAUAGAUACUACUACUCCCAUCAACCCUAGCAUAAUGACAAGUGAGGAAAUAGAUACUACUAUUCCCAUCAGCCCUACCAUAAAGACAACUGAGGAAAUUGAUACUACUAUUCCCAUCAGCCCUGACAUAAAUACAACUGAUGUAAUAGAUACUACUACUCCCAUCAGCCCUGACAUAAAUACAGCUGAGGUAAUAGAUACUGCUACUCCCAUCAGCCCUGACAUAAAUACAACUGAUGUAAUAGAUACUACUACUCCCAUCAGCCCUGACAUAAAUACAGCUGAUGUAAUAGAUACUACUACUCCCAUCAGCCCUGACAUAAGUAGUACUGAGGUAUUAGAUACUACUACUCCCAUUAGCCCUACCAUACCUACAACUCAGGGAAUAGAUACUACUACUCUCAUCAACCCUAACAUAAUGACAAGUGAGGAAAUAGAUACUACUAUUCCCAUCAGCCCUGACAUAAAUACAACUGAAGUAAUAGAUACUGCUACUCCCAUCAGCCUUACCAUAAAGACAAGUGAGGAAAUAGAUACUACUAUUCCCAUCAGCCCUGACAUAAAUACAACUGAUGUAAUAGAUACUACUACUCCCAUCAGCCCUGACAUAAAUACAGCUGAGGUAAUAGAUACUACUACUCCCAUCAGCCCUGACAUAAGUGGUACUGAGGUAUUAGAUACUACUCCCAUUAGCCCUACCAUACCUACAACUCAGGAAAUAGAUACUACUACUCCCAUCAACCCUAGCAUAAUGACAAGUGAGGAAAUAGAUACUACUAUUCCCAUCAGCCCUACCAUAAAGACAACUGAGGAAAUUGAUACUACUAUUCCCAUCAGCCCUGACAUAAAUACAACUGAUGUAAUAGAUACUACUACUCCCAUCAGCCCUGACAUAAAUACAGCUGAGGUAAUAGAUACUGCUACUCCCAUCAGCCUUGACAUAAAUACAACUGAUGUAAUAGAUACUACUAUUCCCAUCAGCCCUGACAUAAAUACAACUGAUGUAAUAGAUACUACUACUCCCAUCAGCCCUGACAUAAAUACAGCUGAUGUAAUAGAUACUACUACUCCCAUCAGCCCUGACAUAAGUAGUACUGAGGUAUUAGAUACUACUCCCAUUAGCCCUACCAUACCUACAACUCAGGGAAUAGAUACUACUACUCCCAUCAACCCUAGCAUAAUGACAAGUGAGGAAAUAGAUACUACUAUUCCCAUCAGCCCUACCAUAAAGACAACUGAGGAAAUUGAUACUACUAUUCCCAUCAGCCCUGACAUAAAUACAACUGAUGUAAUAGAUACUACUACUCCCAUCAGCCCUGACAUAAAUACAGCUGAUGUAAUAGAUACUACUACUCCCAUCAGCUCUAACAUAAGUACAACUGAGGUAAUAGAUACUACUACUCCCUUCAGUUCUACCAGAGCUACAACUGAGGGAAUAGAUACUACUACUCCCAUUAGCCUUACCAUAAAUACUUCUGAGGUAAUAGAUACUACUACUCCCAUCAGCCCUACCAUAAAGACAACUGAUGUAAUAGAUACUACUACUCCCAUCAGCCCUAACAUAAGUACAACUGAGGUAAUAGAUACUACUACUCCCAUCAGUUCUACCAGAGCUACAACUGAGGGAAUAGAUACUACUACUCCCAUUAGCCUUACCAUAAAUACUUCUGAGGUAAUAGAUACUACUACUCCCAUCAGCCCUACCAUAAAGACAACUGAUGCAAUAGAUACUACUACUCCCAUCAGCCCUACCAUAAAGACAACUGAGAUAAGAGAUACUAAUACUCCCAUCAGUACUAACAUUAAGACAACUGAGGUAAUAAAUACUACUACUCCAAUCAGUCCUACAAUAACUACAACUGAGGUAAUAGAUACUACUACUCCCAUCAGCCGUAACAUAAGUACAACUGAGGUAAUAGAUACUACUACUCCCAUCAGCCCUGCCAUAAAUGCAACUGAUGUAAUAGGUACUACUACUCCCAUCAGCCCUACCAUUAAGACAACUGAGGUAAUAAAUACUACUACUCCCAUCAGCCCUAACAUAAGUACAACUGAGGUAAUAAAUACUACUACUCCCAUCAGUCCUGGCAUAGCUACAACUGUGUUCCCGAAUAUUACUACAAGUUCUACAACAAACGGAAAUCCUAGAACUGUUCCUACUCUACUGCCGAGUACAACAUGGACCCCGGCCUCAGGAGCUCCAUCAGCAGAUACAGCCACCAGGCCCGUCACCAACACUACAACGCCUCUGCUACACACAACAGGCGGAACCUCGGUCCUUAGAGUUACCGCCACAAGCACCUUAUUGACCAACGCCACAAUCAGCGCCGUCGUGGAGAAGAUCUGUUCUCUUUUAAAGCCACAGUUCCAAAUAAAGGAGCUGAAACUAACCUGGGAAACGAACCAGAUGACGGUAAGAUGCAGCAUCUGACUCCAUUAGAAGACGGAGAAGGCGCCAUUACUGCGCACACGACAUGACGGAUGUAUACAGACUCCUCGUUACCGAUAUGGACUCUGUAGGACACCAUCCUGUCUCUUCAGACCAAAGCUCAUCCUGCUGAGAUCCAUCAUCCAUAACCUGCACUGUGCACAUGCCCCGAGCACUCCAUACAGUGAUAAGAAUAGUGUCAUUCAUCAUUUUUCUAUAAUUUCUUCCUAAUGUUCUGCAAAGGUGAAGGCCCCGCCUGUACAAUGUAACACAGCGCGCCGGUCUGCAGCCACCACUAGGGGGAGCUCCUUCUAUACAGCGCCCGUUGUUGUCACUAAUACAUCUGUACGCAUUGAGCUCCCCCUAGUGGUGACUGUCACAUAUAAAACUCUAUGAACUGAAUGAAGUGCCAUAAAGAUAUAUUAUAACUGA